AUGGAUUCCAUUGAGCGAGAAGUUACGAACUAUAUGAUAUCGACUGGCACAACGUCGCCAGAGAGCAUUCAAUGCGCCGAGAAUAUCGUCAAUGCUGUCAACAGCAAUUCAGUGCAGGCCAAUUUGCUACAACUUAUUCAAUCCAUGGGAGAGUAUCUAACGAACGACGACGAUCACGUACGAGCAAAAGCUAUUGGGCUUCUUUCACAUACGCUCCACAACUGUAACCACGACAGUAUCAAUGAUGCAGCAGUUUCCGUCCUUGUCGACUUUUAUUGCGAAAGACUCACUGACAAGACGUGUAUCCCGAAUCUACUCGAAGGUUUGAUUGCCUUGACUCAAGCCGACAAUUUCCGAGGAACAAAUGCAGUGACAACAGCAACACGGAUAUUUGAGCGCGUUGAUGUUCAAAGACAUCCUCAGGCAACGAGAAACAUGGUAUUCCGCAUCUUUGAAAAUCUACUUGAGAGACAUGCAACAGCGCUUAGAGCAAUCAACAACGAAUUCGUCUAUGGAUUUGCACAAGCAAUGGAUGGAGAAAAGGAUCCUCGUAAUUUGAUGAGUGCAUUCAAGUUGGUGAAGGACAUUAUCGACAACUUUGAUAUUAGUGCUCACGUGGAGGAUGUUUUCGAAGUGACUUUCUGCUACUUCCCCAUCACAUUCAAGCCCCCACCAGAUGAUCCUUAUGGUAUUACAGCCGAUGAUUUGAAACAAAGCCUAAGACAAUGCUUGUCCGCUACUGGAUUAUUCGCCAAGCUCGCCGUUCCGCUUAUCCUUGAAAAGCUGACAUCAACCUCCGGAAGUGCAAAGAAAGAUUCCAUGGAAACCAUUGCAGCAUGUGCUCCAGUGUAUGGCUCAGCCGCAUUGCUACCUGUGAUUGAUGACAUUUUCGAUUCGCUCAAAGUCGAGGUUUUCCAUUCAACAGAUCCCGCAUUGGAAGAUAGUGCACUUUUGGCAAUCCAAAACAUUGUGGCAGCUCUAAGCGUUGAUGCUGAUGGAACGGCUGUUGAUCCUACUGAGAAGACAUUGAAGCCGCUUGUUGUGGAAUGCAUCGCCAAUCUUAAAGAGCCCGAGAUGAAGAACGCCAAACCAGCAGGUCGUAUUCUUCGUGCAGCUGCUACUGGAUCUCGCAUUGUAUGUGCCUCGAUUGUCAAUUCUGUUGCACCAUUACUUCUUCGCCAGUAUCGUGAAACUGAUAUUGCUACCAGCCGCAAAACUAUCAUGGACGUCAUUUUGGAAUUCUUCGAAGCGAGCACAGCCCUCUAUGGAUCUAUGGAUGGCGAUGUUGAUAUGGAUCAAACAGAGGAAACACCUUUGUUGGAGUACAAGGAUCGAUUUUUCGCCAUGUUCGAGUCUGCGCUUAUGUCAUCCAACGAAUACAACGGCUUACGACUUUCUGGACUCAAGGGCUUAGAGCUUAUGGUUUUGUCAAGAAACUAUCUUUCAGCUAACGAGCUCGGUAUUGCUGUUCAAUCCUUUAAUAAGAUUCUGCUCGAUGAAAGCGAUGAGGAAUUAAGGACGGCUGCCCUUGCGUCUUUGAAAGAGAUCUGCAAGAUUGAUACCACAUAUCUUGUUGAGCAAACCAUUCCUGCAUUGGUCACCCAGCUUCCCGAGUCCGCAGCGCAACAAGGUGCUAUUGGUUACAAUCAACUAUUGGGUGCUAUCAAGAGUCUAUGUCCCACCCCAGCCCUCUUUGCAAGCGUUGUGCCUUUGCUUUUGCAAAAGUUUGAUGUCGUUUGCAAAAAAGAUCAACAACCAGGCUACCCAUGUGCAAUUCUCAAGGCUCUUUUGAAUAUCUUACGCUUGAAGGUCCAGGAUAAGCAUACUGACAUUGCAACAUGCAUCCAAACCGUGGUGCCCCAUUUGAUUACAAGCGUUGUUCAAGCAUCACUCAAUGCCGACAGCAACCAGCUUAUCCUUUCGAAGGACAUUUUGAAAGACAUUGCUCUUAUCAUUAUGAUCGUGUUUGAAUCACUGGAUUCAAGUGCACAAAAGACGCACCUGGAUAGCAUGUUCAAGUUGUAUCUCGAAGGUGAUCUUGCUCAAAUUGGUAUUUCGGCAGGUGUAUUCCAACCAUUCAACACUGCCUCCCCAGACAUACAAAAAGACACAAGCCCGUUGUUUGCAGCUGUGGUGGCUGCAUGCAGGAAAGAUGUUGUUUACCCCGUGGCUUCGAUGGAUGGUUUUAUCAGUCAGCUAAUUGACAUUGCCUUGGAUACUACCAAUGAAAGUUUGCACACAUCGUCUGUGAGAAUGAUUGGAUCCGUGGUCAACAAAUGGAAGGAUGCACAAACCCUCUCGGUGCUUAUCAAAUCCGUUGUUGCCAAUUUGGAGAGUAUAAUUUCGAAGGAUCACAAGCAAGCUCGCAAUGCACUUUCAAUUUAUCUAUGGAUCACCAAAGCACUUGUGCUUCAAGCUUCUACGCUCGGCUACGAGUUGACCGAUAAGGUGAUUGGAUUAUGCAGCAACGAAUAUUUCGGCGGACAAGCUUCUCAAGGAUUUGACAUCAUCAUUGGUGAUGACGAGCUCGCCCUUAACAAGGCAUCUUUUGCGACCGUCAGGCUUUUAUACAAGCAACGAUUCUUCAAUCACUGCCUUCCAAAGUUGAUUGAUGGUUUACAAGCUGCUAAUGAUGAUAUCAAGCACAAUUAUCUUAUCGCCUUGUCCUACAUGCUGAAGAAUGUGCCAAAACAAAUCCUCCUCAAUGAAUUACCACCUCUCGUCCCUCUCCUCAUUCAAUCCUUGUCGCUGUCUGAUGCCACAUUGCGUGUCUCGACAUUGGAUACAUUCCGAUUGGCAGUUGCCGAAAUACCUGAAGCAGUCGCCCCGCAUGUCCGCUAUAUCCUCUCUGGUAUCUUGGAGCUCCUUGAUUCGAACAACCGACAAAACCCAAUUGAUGUGCGCGUUGCAGCCUUGAAAUGCUUGGGACAAUUCCCUGAAUCUCUUUCUUAUGAUGUACUUCGACCUCAUUUAUCCUAUGUAACGAAGCAGUUGGUGAAGCCAUUGGAUGAUCGGAAACGUUUGGUGCGUCGUGAAGCAGUAGAAUGUAGAGCUAAAUGGUACGCCAUUGCUGCGUAA